UAGGGAAAAAAUUAGUGAUCCAUCGGACACAGAACUGAUCGGCGGUAUAUACCCGAGCCCAUCAAAUGCUGGUGGCACGUCGACACGUGCGCACCGGUUGAGGCUCACCAGACUGGACUAGAUUUUAUUUAUUUAUUAUUUUCUUCUACUUCUCCGAAAGACUGUCAAAAAUAGUUAAUUAAACUGGAAAUUGAUGAUCAAUAAUCAGAUGAUCAUCGCGUAAAAAAUAUCGGAGAGAUUUGACACGUAGUGUUAUCAGUGUUUAAUCAUCAGUGUUGAAGGAAAAAUAAAAAUACACAUUGACGGUGUAAUAUUACCGGCGACUGUUACUCGAAGCCCGCGAACAACUAAUUGAGUGCAACUCUACAAAGACACUAUGGCUGGAGUAUACAAUGAAAUUGCCAGUGUUUUCUAUACCUCUCAUCAUCCUGGAUCUAUUAAAAUGCUCUAAUGAAGAAAUAUUAAAAUUAAUUUAUUCAUUUGGCUUACAACUCUGGGAGUGAAGGAGAAUUAUUUCUGGAUACUACUGAAGACGUGACAAGUGCCUUGUUUAUUUAUCUGUAAAGUGACUUAAAACGACGUAAAAAACUAAUUUUUCACUGUUUAAGCCGUCGUGACUGAUCAUAGGGGCGUCAACCAAUUAUCGGACAGAGAUAACUCAAUAAAGUACGGAUAGAAAUGAGUGAUUAUGUUGGUAGCCGGAUUGACCGCAGCUUUUUCUAUUUAAUGGCGAUUUAUGUCAUUCAUGGAAUUUUACUGCACGUUUUUCUACGACCAAUUAAUGUUAAUGGUAUUAAUAUUGAUAACGAAUUUCUCCGGCCCUCAGUGUCCGAAGAUUGGAUUAAAUUUGUAGACAAUGACAAUACAAGUUACGUAAAUAUUGGAGCCAAUGGCAAUUCUCAAGAGGAAAAAAAUUCCAAUAGCUCGAACGUGCCUAUUAUCAAUCAACCCACGUACCAGGUAAAUUCCAACAGUGGUAGACUGCAGUUACUAAUGCUUCAGAAGUCCUCAGGAGCAUCUCUUUUUCCCGCGGUAACGUGUGCUUCUAUAAUGGCUGUAAUGAAGAACAUUAGUCCAGCAACUUGGGGCAUAAUAUCUGGCUGCAUAGUAUUUCUAUUGACGUUUACGAAAAAUGAUAAUGUACGAUAGUUUUACAUAGUAAAUUAAUUAUGUAUAAAGAAAUGGUGAUGCUCUUCUAAUUGAAAAGCUGACCGAAUGCUGAUCGAAUGUGAGAUUAUUCAUAAAAAGAAAAGUAUUUAUUGAAAAUGUUGAUUGCAGUCGGUUGAAUGAAUCUGAGAUUGAAACCACGUAUUACCGACGACAAAUGCUGAGUGUCAGGAGUUUCUCAAAUGUAACACUGCAGCACUGUUCAUUUCCUCGAUAUUUCCUAUAAAGAUCCUUCACUCAUAAACCCAUUAGCCCUGGCGUAAUUCUCUAUGAGACCAAUAAAACCAACUGGGUGAGAGAGAGAAAAUCUGUGCAAUCUAUUUGACUCGAAAAUUAAUAGUGAAAUAUUUAAAAUGUAUUUGUGGAAUAAAAUUAUCGUGUAAGAUUGGUGAUCUGCUAUGUCCGCGACAUCGCGAAAAUUGCGAAGAAUUUGGUGCUCGUUAAAUAGCUGAUUAUAACAGAGACAAGUUAA